AUGGCACCGGGGACCGGCGACAAGAAGGCCGAGAAGUCGUACCUGGCCUCUGCUGUGGACUCGUUCAAUCCCUGGAGCCGCAACUCGUCGCCGACUAUCAAGGAUGCGGCGCCAAAGCCCACCCCGAAUCCCGGCGAUCAUACCUCCAACCCCUUUUACGGCCAAAGCUUUAAGCGAUACAGUCCAGAUUGCCCGCCCUUGAAUGUACAGUGGUUUCAUGCCGUCGACGUCCCGAAGCGCAAGCCCAAGUUCCUCAAGAUCAAUAACAAUCACGACGACAAGAAGCCUCCUGUGCAGCCCAAGAAAUUCGUGGCCUUCUCAGAAGAAGAUUCCCGAGCGCUUGAAUCCACCUACCAAACACGACUGCAGGAGAUCGAGGACGAGAGGACAAACCUCUGGGGCACCGCAAAUCUUCGCGCUGGCUCCAAACGCCCGCGCGCUACGUCUAGCGUCGAUUGGAAUAACACAACUCUCGGGGCUUUAAAUGAUGGAGAGCCGAAACGGCCUAGCACAAGGGUUCCCGUCAACGAGGACUUCCUCUUCGACGUGGAUAUCGAGGAACGAGAGCUAGCUCCCGCUUAUUGGGAAGGGCCGGUUUAUGAAGUUCGCAGGGGAAGCUGGUUCUACCAGGAAGGCUCAACCCUUCGUCCAUGCGAGGAGAACCUAGCCUCGCAACUUGAAGAGGGAUAUCUCAAAGUCAAGCCCUGGCAGUACCCAGCACCGGCAAGGACUCGCAGCAACUCGGCAGCCCAAAAGCUCACACCCAAACCAUCAUCUGAAAAUCUCAAGGCCGCUACACCCAAGAAUGGGGGCACACCAAGGGCCAGCCCUGUUCCGCAGCAACACCAACCCCAGACGCACCGUCUAUUCGGUACCUAUAUGAACAACAUAGCCACCUAUCAAGACUCCAACACUGCCUGGCUAUCUUCAGAUGGCAUGUUGUCCUGGGUGACGUCAACUGUCUAUGAGAAGUUUGCUGGUGGCGGCUUCAUGAGCGGUGUGAAGCUAGUUCGUGGCUACACGGAGUCAAAGAAAACAAAAGAGGAAAAGCGCCCGUCGACCCCGACAGGGACCGCAUCGGUGCCAGUAGAACAAGACGAAAAGACAAAAAAGGCCCUUAAGAGGCGCUCUGCUCCCGCGCGGUCCGAGUCUGGUAUCUUCGAUACCGAAGACGAAGAGCCUGUUGCAUUUGAGAGCACGCAAGCUCGGCUGACCCGGCAGUUUUCGAAUCUGAUUGAGGGCGUGCAUGACUCGGACGAGGAAGCAGAGGCCAUUCGUAAGAGAGAGGAGACGGAGAUAUUGGAUGAUUAUAACCCGAGACUCGGCGAGACUCAAGGCCGUAAUAUUGAGCAUCUCGUCUUGGUGACACAUGGUAUUGGGCAGCUUCUAGGACUAAGAAUGGAGAGUGUAAAUUUUGUGCAUGACGUGAAUGUCCUUCGCAAGACGAUGAAGUCUGUCUACUCGACAUCGGCAGACCUUCGAGCGCUCAAUUCGGAGGCGGAUGAAACCGGGCCGGGCAACUGUCGGGUUCAAGUUCUGCCCGUUGUCUGGCGACACCUCCUUGAUUUCCCUAAACGGAAAAAGCAAAAGGCAGAACACGAUCUUGGGGAGACUGCCGACGAGGAAGAUGACUACCCUUCCUUGGAAGAUAUCACAAUCGAAGGAGUCGCCUUUGCUCGGUCGCUUAUUUCCGAUCUUGCGCUGGAUGUCCUCCUCUACCAGAGCGCGUACCGAGAACAGAUUGCCGAGAUUGUGUUGAAGGAGUCGAACCGUAUAUACAAGCUGUUCAUGGAUCGCAACCCCGAGUUUAAGGGCAAAGUGCACAUUGUGGGCCAUUCUCUCGGAUCUGCUAUCAUGUUCGAUAUUCUUUGUCGGCAACGGGAGCGGUCCCAAGAGCCAGAGCCAACAAGGAAUCCUCUUCGAUUCUGGCCUUCUCAGGAUCGGUACGAAUCAAGGGAUCCCAAGGAUCUCGCCUUCAACUUUGAUGUCGAUGACUUCUAUUGCCUCGGAUCUCCUAUCGGCCUCUUCCAGAUGCUCAAGGGUAGAACCAUCUCGGCACGCAAUUUUUCCAACGCCCUACCAUCCGAAAGUCCUCUCAACCCUGAAUACCUCGAAGACCCAUUUCUGUCCGCUUUGUCUCCAAAUUCACAUGCGAACCAGAACGUUUCCCCUGUAACUGGCCUCCCCUACAGUGUCUCUUCCCCCAAAGCAGCGCAGCUGUUCAACAUCUUCCAUCCGUCCGAUCCUAUCUCCUACCGUAUUGAGCCCCUGAUCUCGCGAGCCAUGUCGGCGCUCAAGCCCCAGAUCCUGCCAUACACCAAGAAGGGAAUCUUUGGGUCGGUGACUCCCGGAAUCACCGGGAUUGGCGCAAAGGUCGGACAAAGCGUUAGUGGCCUGUGGAGCAGUCUCAGUUCCGGCAUUGCCAGCAGUCUUUUGAACCGCAGCCUAGGUCUCACGCAGGAAGACGUGGCCAGCAUUACAGCAUCUCAGCAGCAAAACCAGAACCCGAGCCCCGGGGCCGGGACUAAUAUCUCUGCCGGCGUCAUUACCGACAAGAAUAUGACCGACGCAAUGCGAAGCGAGAAGGCAGCCGAACGUAAGCGCCAGCUGGCCAUGGCAACCGGCGGCGGCGUCAGCACGACGGCAAGCGGGAACGAGGCGACGCUGAUCGACGACGAGCUUGAGACCCUGUUCAGCAGAUUCCAGAAGACAAGGGCCGCCAACUCCAAAGACAAAGCGCCGGGCGAGGAUGGGCCUAGCGCAGAGGCGCGGCUGGAAGAUGAGCAAAAGUCGCAGAAGCUGCGGCGGGAGGAGACGAAAGUCCGGGCGCUGAACCGGAACGGGAGAGUCGAUUACUGCAUUCAGGAGAGUGUACUCGACUUCAACCCGAUCAACACAAUUGCCUCGCACAUGAGCUACUGGGGCGACGAGGAUAUCAGCCACUUUGUUCUUUCACAAAUGCUGUCAAGUAAGGCGCGGACACCUCGACACUAG